CAGUAGAUUGCUAUUCUUAGCAUUUGCUACGUGACAACAGGAAGUGUGCUGUCGAUGCGGUAAAUGUGAAUUCAACAUUUCUCUGACAUUUCUUUAUCCUUCGCAAAUAUAGUCGUUUUUGAAAUGGCAGGACUACCACCAGAUUCAUGGCAGCCUCCUACAGUUUCAUUGGAGACAACAAUGGGAACUAUUGUGGUUGAACUUUACUGGAAGCAUGCUCCGAAAACUUGCAAGAACUUUGCAGAGCUGAGUAGAAGAGGAUAUUACAACACUACAAAGUUCCAUCGCAUCAUCAAAGAUUUCAUGGUCCAAGGUGGAGAUCCAACUGGAACAGGUCGUGGAGGUGCAUCAAUAUAUGGUAAACAGUUUGAAGAUGAAUUGCACCCAGAGUUGAAAUUCACAGCUGGUAUCCUGGCCAUGGCAAAUGCAGGUCCUGACACCAACGGCAGCCAGUUUUUCCUGACGCUGGGUCCAACUCAGUGGCUGGACGGGAAGCACACCAUUUUCGGCCGUGUGUGCCAAGGCAUGGGAGUUGUCAAUAGGAUUGGUAUGGUGGAAACCAACUCACAAGAUCGACCUGUAGAUGACAUCAAAAUACUGAGGAUGACUCUGCCGAACUGACUAAAACAAACCUCAAAUAUUUUUUUAAUUUUUGUGUUCAUAAUCAAGGCAAGUUUGUAAUAAAAAACAUCUGUGAAACUUUUA